AUGUUCCAGGCCAUCACCAUCAGUCCAAGCACCUCCAACUGGGCUUGGCUCAAAUCCAGAGCCCCCAGUUACAUCCUCCCUUCCUUCCUCUUCUUCUGGAUCCUCAACAUGGUGAUCUACAUCCAGGUGAUUACUUCCACUCAGGGAAUUAGAAAUGUCACUAUCGUAGGUCGUAGAUAUUUCUCACAAUACUGUGUCACUGACCGUAGUGGGAAUAUGAUCCAUUCAGUUCCCUUUCUAUGUUCCAUGAGUGUCCGAGAUCUCAUCUUUGCGCUCCUCAUGAGCUGGGCCAGCGGCUACAUGGUGACUGUCCUCUACCGACACCGUAAACAAGUCCAGCACAUCCGCAGGACCAGCUUCUCCCCCAGAUCCUCUGCAGAGACCAGAGCCACCCACAUCAUCCUGUUCCUGGCCUCCUGCUUCGUUUGUUUUUAUUGCAUCAAUAGCGGCAUUACCCUGUAUGUGACGUAUGUGAUCCAAAGAGAAGUUGAUUUGGAAAGUGUUGUAACGUUCUUCUCCACGUGUUACCCUGCCCUCUGCCCCCUGGUACUGAUCAGCAGUGAUCCCCGGAUCACCAAGAACCACUGA